AUGGCCAAUUUGAAGAACCUUUUCUUGUCCUUCUUUGUAGUCCUAGCCCUUGGCCUGGCUCUCGUCCAGGCCACCGAGCCCCGCGGACCUAAGAUUACCAACAAGGUAUAUUUUGAUAUCGAGCAUGGCGAUGAGCCUCUAGGCCGAAUUGUGCUGGGAUUGUAUGGCAAGACUGUUCCCAAGACUGCCGAAAACUUCCGUGCUCUUGCUACUGGUGAGAAGGGCUUCGGAUAUGAAGGCUCCACCUUUCACCGUGUGAUCAAGAACUUUAUGAUUCAGGGUGGUGACUUUACCAACGGCGAUGGUACUGGUGGAAAGUCAAUCUACGGCAACAAGUUCGAGGAUGAGAACUUCAAGCUGAGGCACACCAAGAAAGGAGUUCUGAGCAUGGCCAAUGCCGGCAAGGACACCAAUGGCUCUCAGUUCUUUAUCACCACCGCGAUUACCUCUUGGCUCGAUGGCAGGCACGUCGUGUUCGGCGAGGUCCUCGAAGGCUACGACAUCGUCGAGAAGAUCGAAAACGUCCCCAAGGGUGCCAGCGAUAGGCCCACGAAGCCUGUGAAGAUUGUCAAGAGCGGGGAGCUGGAGUUCGAGGCCGAUGCCGAUACCAGCGCCGAUGAGGGUGAAAAGAAAGGUACCCAUGGGGAGCUAUAG